AUGUCCAGGCAAUCAUAUUACUCGGCCGGCCCACGGGCAAGCCGCCUACGCGAGAGCAUGGUCGUCGACGUCGUGUCCCCCCUCGACGCGUGCGUUAAUGCCGCAGAAGCCUGUGUCGAGACUCUGGGAAGCGCGGUGACUAAGCUCGAGCCGGGAGUACAGGAUAUGGGGCGGUUGAAGAAAGUGUUGAGGGCGCAGCAUCACUACCUCGUCUUACCCGCUACCGAGGUGCAGCUGCGCCGGGUCGAGUAUGCCACCGCAAUUGAGAAGCAGCUCGAACCGUUGCUUGCGCGUAGUGCCCAGCUACUCGAGUCUGAGGCGGCACAGAUCCGUCGUCUUGAGGGCCGGUUGGCCGAGAUCCAGGGGAGCAGCCGCGCUGUUGAGCCCAAGAGUGUGCCCAGGCGCGAGUGCGCGCUUGAUGGUAUUGAUAUGCGCGACAAGACGCUCAGUAUUGCGCAGCGGCGCAAAAUCGGGACUCUCAAGAACAGGCGACAGAAGCUACUAGAAGAGCAGAAGCGGCUAAUGGGCGAGAUGGGCAGCACAUAG